AUGAUUGUUUUUUAUACUGGUGCCAGCUUCGAAGUAGCACAAGACGCUUCUGAUGAUACUAGAUUUGGUGCAUUGUUAUACAGAAAAAACUUUGUGACCGUUAAUUACGGUUUUUGCCAUCUGCUAAUUGUUUACAACUUCGAUGUACAUGUUUCUUUUCUACAAAAAGAAGGAAAAAUAGCAUUCCGAAAAUCUCUAUUUGGUGUUUGGCAAAUCGAUUAUGUAGCAUCAGAAGAUGUUAUACCUAUAUAUGCCGCUGCGUGCGGAUAUUUAGCCAAAAAAAUAUAUUGUGUGGGAGGACUAUCCACAGCUGGUAUCACACCUUCUGAGGCUAAGAUGAAUAUACUUGAUAUAAUUAAAUAUAAUGGAAGUACGGCCAAAGAUUUUUCCACGCAAUGGGAGACGAUCACUGACGAUGUAACAACGGUAAAUUUGGAACCCAGAAGGUUCACUCAAAACAUACAAUACCCUGAUGGAGAAUCAAUGUUGAUAAGUGGGGGUCUUAGUUCGACAAACUUACCUUUAAAGGAUCCAACUGUUGUUUUCAACGGCAAGACUAGAUCAUGGAGCCAUUUUGAACAUUACGAGGAAUAUCCGUAUGGAAUCAGACAAAUAUAUCAUGCUGCUUCCGUAUAUGUUCCUGGACAAGGAGUUGGGUUUUUUGGUGGCAUGGGAGGUAGUGGCACCAAUGUUAGUGCACGAUAUAUCUAUCAGGGAGAGCCUUUACCAGAGAUGGGUUCCCCAAAUGAAAGUAACCAGUAUAUCGGGUAUACCAACCUUACAUUUUUUAAUCGUGAUAAUAAAGAUCAGCCUUGGUCCGCCUUCCCGACCCAAAUAUACCUACCCGGUUUUAUAAAGUAUCAGCAAGCUAUCUUCAAUCCCAAAACCAAUACUAUUCUAUUUUUUGGGGGAUCUUACCUGAGUGAACGUAAUUUGACAGACGAAACGCUUUAUACCCUCGAAAUUUCCAUGGUAUUCAAUAUGCAAAAUGGCCAUUGGGGUGAUCAGGAAUUGCUGGGAAUACCACCCAGUCCCAGAAUUGGUCAUUCAGUCACAUUGAUAACUUCUGUCAAUUCCAAUCGAAACCACGUUCUCCUCUACGGCGGUCAUAUUACGUAUAAUGACAUAGAUACACUUGUUUCUGAUUACUGUUUUACCUUGGAUCUGGAUAUAUAUCAGUGGACUAGACACGAUUUACAAGCUGACUCUGAAGUUUCAAUGUUCAGAACACAACACUCUGCGCUUUCUAUAAAUAAUGAUACGGUUUUUAUUGUUUCUGGUAGAGAUAGCACUAAAAACGCAACACUGGUACCUAUUAUGCUUAACGUGACUGAUCCUACGCGCAUUAGCUUACUAGAUAAAUAUACUGCACCUUAUAUCGCACCAGAAGAGUCUAUCAGCGACCCACAAAACUCAGUACCUGAACCUGAACCGAAACUAAGUUCCGGGGUAAUUAUUGGUAUCUCAGUAGGAUGUACAGCCAUGGGUUGUAUUUCCAUUGCAGCGCUUUUAUUAUGGAUCCAUAAAAAAAGAAGUAAACACCAAAUGGAGCUGAUGGAAGUUGAUUGGGAUGAAAUUGAUCAGAAAUAUGCCGGGACACCGCUCGAGCUUUCGAACAACUCUUCUGCUGGGCCAGAAAAACCAGAUGUUUUCAGAGAUUCAAAAUCGGAUACCCAAGUUCCCGGUUCUAUCGAAGAUACAACUGCCGAAAGCAAGACAUACUCGAUACAGAAACCUGACGGAUUUUGA